AAUAAGAAAGAAAGUCUCCAAAAUGAGACCCAUUGGAAACUCCAUUCAGACAAACGUAAUUGUAGUCUUAAAAUUAUUUCUCUCUCUCUCUCUCUCUCUCUCUCUCCUUCGUCUAUCUAUCUGGUUUUACGUGCCAUUUUUUCUUCCAUUUCCUAUUUUCUCUCGGAAAACCCUAGUUUCAGCUCCAUUUCCAGCAUGGAGAGAUCAAGAGGCGGGAUGUUUUUGUAGAUCAUUGAUGGUGUGAUGCAGAGAGAAUGGAAGCUAAUGUCUGUGAUGCGAAUAACUUGGACGCCGAUGUGCUUUUGCCGCCGAGGAAGAGGCUUUUAGCCGGAAUGAGGAAACAGAACGGCGAUGCCAAUCCACACACCCCUUCCUCAUCCUUUUUGGGGAGUGGUUUCAGCGGCUGUGAGUUCGAUACCCGUCUUAAUAAAUUGUUGAGAUCUCAUUUGAGUGACCAUAGUCUAUCAAAUGAGGAGAUCAUUGAGGCGUCACGAAUGGAAGCCGCCGAAGCGGCUAGGGCUGCAAGGAAUGCCAGAGCCCUUGCAGAGGAGAAAGCUGCAAAAGCAGCAAAAGCAAUAGCUGCUGCCAGGGCAGCUUUGGAAUUGGUCAGUAUUAGUGAUGAAGAAGCUGCUAGUAGGAACAGCCAGUCAAAGAAGAAUAAGACAAAGAAGCAUGUUGCAGUCCAUGCGUUGUACGAUAUGAAUAGAGGGGUUGAUAGUUGUAGGACGGAUGAAGAAUUGGCCAAGAAUUUGCAUAGGGCUAUAAACAGUUCCCCGAGAAAUCACCAACACAAGAAGCUCAAAACGGUGCCAGUUAGCGAGACAUCUAAGGCUUCUUCUUCUGAAAGAGUGAGUUACAGAUCAAGGGAAAAUGGGAAAGUGAUAGAAGUUAAUAAAUCCAACUCCACUGCGACGGAGAGCGGGGAAAGAAUGGAAAAUGGAUUGAAGGAAGUAGAUGAAGAAUACAUGGACGAUUUUGAGAGUGUUGGGAGAAAGAAAGGAAGGUUUAAACAGAAAAAGUUACCCCUUAGCAUUUGUAAUUUUAAGGAUCAAGCAAACCCUAAAGAGGAACUAAAAUCUAAAAAUUCACAUCCAAUUAAAGAGGACGUGAUCCCAACAACACCAACACCAACAACAACAACUACUACUACCGUCACUAGCAAUAAGUCCAUAUUUUCUGUUGAGAGGUCACCAGCUUGGAAGUGCCAAGCGUUCAAGGAACCUACUACCUGCAUCAAACAAAACAAGGUCAUGCAAUCAUAGUAUUCAUGUUCUUAUUCCAAGAAGGCCGGCUACCGAGGCAAGCUCGUUUACUAAAGCAUAUUUUCCAUGCUUGUUGCCUACUUGGAAGUUGUACAUUUUCGAGUUCGUCCAUCCUCAUUACCUGGUACAGAGAAAAACAAAGACAUGAAUAAGUGAAUAAAAUGAGCUGCUGUUCUAAUCAACAUUUGGCAGGGCUCUUGUAAGUGUGUGGAGUGAUAUUGUUGGGAAUUCUUGUUAUUUGUCUGGCCAUGAUCUAAGUCAUGGUCAGUCAUUUCUCAUUUCCAAUUGUGGUCGUCGUUGACACCGGCAAUAGUUUCUUUCUCUUUCUCUUUUUCAUUUAUAAUAUUUAUAUACUAAGAAAGAAAUUGUUGGCUUUUGUGGUUGUUUAUAUUUGAUAUAUAGCUUUGUAACGAUUCAUCACAUCAAUCUUUUUGUGACCGGUUUGUUUUGUAUUUU